AUGCCUCGGGGGAAAGUCAAGUCGCGGUCAUCCACAUCCAGCCUGCCGCUGCCGUCGAAGCGCGGGCGGUUGUCGCUAUCGGAUAUUAUUUUCCGCGCUGUCUCCUUUUCGGCGGCCCGUAGAGGUACCUCGUUAGUUGCCGUUAAGAAGAUUCUUGCUGCCGAAGGGUAUGACGUGCGCAGGAACAGACAUCGUUUGAAAGCUGCCGUCAACUCGCUGAUCAAGAAGGGACUCAUUGAGCGAGUCACAGGCAGCGGCGCCUCCGGUUCGUUCCGCGUUGGUCUUGUAGGUAAGAAGCAAUUAGAUAAAAACAGGCGGCGCGGGAGGGCGGCCGGUAAAUCCCGACGGCGGCGGCGGCGGGCCCGGAAGACGAAGGGGGGCAAGCGCGCGGUUAGAGCCACCGCUCAGCGGGUGAAGAAGCCGUCUAGACCGCGGGGAACGGCGAAGGCAGGGCCUGCAGCACAGAAUAGUGUAGAGAACGCGGCCGGGAGAGGGGAGGAGGUGGCGGCGGCGGCGGCGGCGGCCGCCGAGGUCGCGGAAGCGGAGGUGGCUGUGGCUGAGGUUGCGAUGGAGGGAGCUGCCGGGGAUUCGGAGGCUCCGGGUGAACUGUUGUCAGGGUCGAUGGAACAAUAA